GUGCUGCCUCUUGUGGACUGUGCCGUGAAUUGUCAGUCGCUUGUGUGUUUUGUCUCGACAGGGCCACUGCUCACCUGUUGUAUGAUUGGAGGGCUCCCCAUCGCUCCCUUUUGCCAUCUCUCUGCAUGCCUGGCAAUGAGUGCAGCGCCGUACCGAGGGCGACAUGCUAGUCAAGUGCACAAAAGCCGUGGCUUCAACCACUCCGCUAACUAUGUCUCUUUGCCUAACCCUUUCCCCCCACAGGAACAACAGCAAGCCUACCUAAGAGCACAGCGAGAGUUUCUGCUCAACGGUCAACCGGAAAUCCCUUUUGGCCACCCUGCCUGGAACUCCUACCGGACUCCGCCAAGGCAGCACCCGGCCUUCAAACAUCCCCAGCGACCUCCGCUAUUUCCACACCACCCCCCUCCACCCCGUCCUGCUCGCCCAUUUCCUGCGGGCCCUGCUCAGAGAACCCAUCACUUGGCCCACCAGUUUGAUCAGCUUUCCUUGUCGGGCGACCCUUUUGUAGACCGAUUGGUCAGAACCUUCAAAGAGCUCGGUGAGGGAAACUACCACUCGGCGAAAGACUUGGCCAGACACCUAAGAGCCGAGAAAAAAGUCGUCAACCACCACCUGUACAGACUAGAAAGAAGUAACCUUGUGUGCAAAGAAGGCGAAAAGCCACCACUUUGGAGGCUUGUGUCUCGCCAUCGGCGCCCAGAGCAACCGCCAGUCCAAGCGCACGCACCCCACCAGGCAGCGUGUUCGGUAGAAGAAUUUGCCUCGUGUUCAGAGUCUGACCCCUCGCCUGAAACCAUGGCUGAAAACCGCGAGAAGAUCUGCGAGUUCCUGCUCCAGUCUCCGGCCUCCACGUCGGCCACCAUCCGGAAGAACAUAGGCGUCUCCAAGAUCACCGAGGUCAACCAGCUGCUCAACACCCUGGAGAAGGAAGGAGAAGUCUCCCGCCAGGGCAAUCCCAUCAAAUGGUCGAUCACAGACAAGAAGCGGGAGAGGAUGUUCCUUAAAAAGCGGGCAGCCGAAAUCCACGAAGGAGAGGCAGUAAAAGACGAGGUUGAGCCCGCCGCGCCGGUUAAUGUUGAAAACGGGCAACAGGGGGCGGCACCGGACGCCGCGAACGUAACGCCCAAAGAGGAAAACGUGGACACGGAGAUGAAGGUGGAGCCAGAGACGAACGCGGAUGAGCCGCCAGCAAAGCGGAUGAAGGAGAGCGCCAUAGACGAUUACGAGAACGGGAGGUGGACCGGAGACGAGAUGGGGGAAGACCAGAACUGCCUCGGCGCCGACGGCCUCGGCUUUCCAGUGCCACAGUACCGGGAGCCUAUUAAGGAGCUCACACGGCUGGAGAAGCUGGAAGCAUGCCAGGAGAAGAACCCGGUGAGCGGGCUGCUGGAGUUCUCCCACCACUUCUCAGAGCAAUGCCAAUUUGUGCUGCUAGAACAGAGCGGACCAUCUCAUGAUCCCAGGUUCAAGAUGCAGGCAGUGAUCGACGACCGUCGCUUUCCUACAGUCGAGGCCAACAACAAGAAAGCCGCCAAGAAAGAAGCCGCUUCCCUCGCCCUACGCAUCCUCCUUCGGGAGGAGCAAGGCGGGACAGAAGAGGAGGUCCUCGCCGAGCGCAGCGCCGCCCCCGAGAUGCAGGAGGAAGUGCAAAAGAAUGUUCAGCAGCCAUCUGCGGUUGGAGGGAAGAACCCGAUCAGCGUUCUUAUGGAGCACAGCCAGAAGCUGGGCAACAUGUGUGAAUUCCAACUGCUGGGCCAAGAAGGACCUCCCCAUGACCCCAAGUUCACAUACUGCGUUAAGAUGGGUGAACAGUGCUUCCCAACGGUGAUCGCCAACAGUAAGAAAAUGGCCAAGCAGCUCGCCGCAGAGGUCGCGGUAAAGCAGCUCCUCGGUGAGAACGCCCUGUGCCCUGAUAAGGUGGAACCCCCUGCCCCUACCCCCGUCGCUGAAGCACCCGCUAUAGAAUUUCCACCAGUGCCAGAACUUUCCAUGGAAGACAUCAAGAUGGCUCAGGCCUCCGGGGUCGGCGACUACAUCAAGUAUCUUAACGCCAACCCCGUCAGCGGCCUUCUGGAGUAUUCCCGAGCCAAGGGCUUUGCUGCUGAAUUUAAAAUGGUCAGCCAGUCUGGUCCGCCACACGACCCCAAGUUUGUGUUCCAAGCCAAAGUUGGUGGUCGGUGGUUCCCUCCGGUGACUGCAUCCAAUAAGAAACUGGCAAAAGCAGAGGCAGCCGACGCCGCUCUGAGGGUCCUUAUUGGAGAGGCGGAAAAAGCCAUCCGAGAGGGUGACAGCAUAGCGGAGCUCCCAGUCACCGGCAGCACGAUUCACGACCAGAUUGCCAUGCUGAGCCACCAAAAGUUUAACACCCUGACGGCCCGGAUCCAGAACAGCCUCCUUGGAAGGAAAAUCUUGGCGGCCAUCAUCAUGAAGAGGAACAGCGAUGACCUGGGCACGGUGGUGAGCAUCGGAACCGGUAACCGUUGUGUGAAGGGGGAGGAGCUGAGCCUGCACGGCGAAACGGUCAACGACUGCCAUGCUGAGAUCAUUUCCCGGAGAGGUUUUAUUCGAUUUUUGUAUGACCAGCUGAUGAAGUACAAUCCCGACACACCAGAAAACAGCAUAUUCGAGGAAUCCGAAGAGCUACUCCGCAUCCGCCCCGGCAUUACCUUCCACCUCUACAUCAGUACGGCUCCCUGCGGAGACGGGGCACUCUUUGACAAGUCCUGCAGUGACCAGCCAUGUGCGGAGGGGGACAAGAAGCACUACCCGCUAUUCGAGAACCCCAAGCAAGGAAAACUGCGCACUAAAGUGGAGAACGGUGAGGGUACAAUUCCGGUGGAGUCCAGCGAUAUUGUUCCCACCUGGGACGGUAUUCAGCACGGUGAGAGGCUUCGCACUAUGUCUUGCAGCGAUAAGAUUCUGCGCUGGAACGUUCUCGGCCUCCAGGGCGGCGGCCUGUCGCAUUUCAUCGAGCCCGUCUAUCUCAGCUCCGUCACUCUCGGUUACCUGUUCAAUAAGGGACACCUGACCCGAGCGAUCUGCUGCCGGAUGUCUCGGGACGGAGAGAGUUUCCAGCAAGAGUUGCCAGACCUCUACCUUGUCAACCAUCCAGAGGUCGGUCGUGUCAGCGUAUACGAUUCCCACCGGCAGACUGGGAAGACGAAGGAGUCCAGCGUGAACUGGUGUCUGGCUGACGAAGAGGUUGAAGUUUUGGACGGAACAAAAGGAAAAGUAGAAGGGGGUACACAGGACGUCUCCCGAGUCUCCAAACACCACAUGUUCAACCUGUUCCAAAAACUUUGCUCGGCGCGCGACCGCCAAGACCUCCUAGCGUUCACCUCCUACAACGACAUCAAGGCCGCCGCCACCUCCUACCAGUCAGUCAAGGGACUGUUCUUCAGAGCCCUGCGAGACAUGGGCUACGGCAACUGGAUCAGCAAACCACAAGAAGAGAAGAGUUUUAACUUAAGCACGAUGUAACGACCCGGCAAAACCUGUUCUCGGUUUAUUUUAUUUUUUGUUUGUUUUUUGUAAUGGAAUGUCACAAGUCUGCACUGAAACAAGGGGGGGGAGGGGGGAGGAGGUGAUUGGAUUCUGCCAGGAUUCCCCUAGAAAAAAAAAACAGCAACUUCGAUAUCCCCCGACUGACCGCCCCAUCACUCCCCGAGUCUUAGUUUUUUUUUUGUUUUUAAUAACGUCUGUUAAAUGUUUCGUCACGCACAAAGCCAUUUUCAUUAUCUUGUUGUAAUGUAGUUUUGGAUCGAAUUGAUUUGUUUGUGCGACAAUUUUUUUUUUUUUCUUUUUUUUAACUGACUUCUGCAUCAUAGAUUUGAUCUUUGACCCCCUUGUCCAUAAAUAAAAGUGGUUCUUGGGCUGCGGAACACACA